AUGGUCGCGCUGCUCGCACGAGGCGACUGUCUUCGUCUGUCCAACUCCUCCGCCUGCACAGCCUUCGUCCCCUCCUCUAUACCUGUCAGAGGAUCUGUGCCGUGUUUAAAGUCUCAAGAAGAUGAGUUGGGUGCUAUAUCACCCGUCGAUGAUGAGUAUUACAAACAUGAUGCGGGAGGCUAUUAUACCGACGAUGCACCUCGCGCUCCUGAAGGGAUGUCUCCCAGUCUCAAUAAUGUGACUCUCUGCGGGCGUAUUGGUUUUAUUGAUCAGCCAGUAUCGCUGGGCAACGGAAACAAGGCGUUGCGAUUGUCUAUAGCUACAAGCGACGUAAGUAUGAGCGUGCUGUUUAACAGUUUGAAGCGAGGUCGCAUGGGAGCUGUGAGAACAUCGUGGCACAAAGUUGUGAUUUAUGGCCAGGGUAACGUGGAUUACAUCCAAUCUCGUGCUCGUGUCGGAGAACUUGCGCUCGUAGUUGGAGCACUGUCGUACUACACUCCCCAGACUCCGGAGGGCAUGCCAUAUAGAGCCAAGAUCGCCGAAAUUGCCGUUCGGCAGCGCUGGUCGGGCCACACAUUCAUUCUCAUGCCCCGCACAGCUCAGUCUGGAGACGACUACGCUAACCACCCGAUAGAUGGUGUCAGUGACAGUUACGGUAAUCCUUAA